AUGGCCUCUCCCGUGGCUGCCGAGCACCCUCCCCUCCCCUCCCCUCCGUCAGCAUACCUCCGAUCAACGCCUCCCUUCCCCUCCCCGUCCCACGAGUCAACCCCCCGCACGAUUCCCCAGACCCAAAUUGCGCGGAAACAGCUGACCGUGGUCACCCCGGACUCCGACACCACACCGGUCAUUCACGAUUCGCCGCGCUCUCCGGUGAGAAUCGAUCAUGGCGCCAAUAUCCCCCAGGCGUCCACCGCCCAGAUCGAGCAUUUCUCCAAUGGGCCGGUGACACCGCAACUCGAGCUCCCCGAAUUCGCGAAAAUGUCCAUCGAGGACGCUGCGCAACAACGACAGAAUUGGAACCCGGCAUUUCCACCGAGGCGGGACUCUGUGCAAGCUUUGCAGUAUGCAUCACAGCAUCCAUAUGGCCAUACCCCGGCUAGCAGUGGUUCGUGGUCGGUGGUCGAGAAUCAGGUGAAGGAAGAUGGUCAAGACCCGAAGCAAAGCGGCGUGCCAGGGGUUCUGAGCCCAAAUAACUCCUCGCGCGGCAGCUUGGAAAGCGAUGCACAGAAUUCAGAUGGCUAUGAGCCUCUGACCUACCAUCACCAGCAACAGCAGCAGAGUUCGUCCAAUGUGCGGCAGUCUACAUUGGGAACGAACUUGGGUCCCACCGGCUCCUCAGGUAAUCUGGCUGUCCGGCGGACUCGAGUUUCACGGCCUCUGUCGAAUUACUCUUCGACAUCGGAUGUGAAUGUUGCGAACCACCGACGCAAUCUCUCUGCAUCGCCAUAUCUGCAGGGCCGUUCCUCAUCACGCAAUUCUACCGCAUCUCCUGACAACCGCCCGCUCUCAGUCUUGGACCUUCUCAACACAUCAUACCCUCAACCUGGUCCUGCAGCUCCCCAAUUCGAUAAUUCCCACCUCCAAUCCUCCGUCGGAAAUAAUGCCUCCCUUCUUAGCCACAAGCAGACGUUCGAAAUGUAUCUCGCAAAUGUCAAGAAAACCGACGAGCCUGCGGUGCAGUACGAAUUCGCCGUAUUCAUGAUCAAUUCCAUGCGCGAGAUGCCCGCUGUCGACCUCGAAGACUCCACUUCCAUCACCCGCCAGCGGCUCAUGCGCGAGUCAAAAUCCAUCCUGCAGCGUCUCGCAGACCGCAGCUACCCCUUCGCACAGUACUAUCUCGCCGACGGCUACGCUUCGGGACUUUUCAACAAGGGCAAAGAAGACUACGAGCGCGCCUUUCCCAAUUUCCUUGCUGCCAGCAAACACGGCCACGUCGAGGCGUGCUACCGCACGGCACUCUGCUACGAGUUUGGCUGGGGUGUCCGCGUGGACGGAGGUCGUGCUGUUCAAUUCUACCGACAAGCCGCGUCGAAGAAUCAUCCCGGUGCCAUGCUCCGUAUGGCCAAAGCCUGUCUGGCCGGUGAUAUGGGAUUGGGUAAACGUUACCGUGACGGUAUCACUUGGAUGAAACGUGCGGCGGAAUCGUCGGACUCGCAGUACAAUUCCGCGCCGUAUGAGUUGGGCGUGAUGCACGAGACCGGAUACGGUGACGAUGUGUUCAAGGAUGAGUCUUAUGCGGCGCAACUGUUUACGAAAUCCGCAGAAUUGGGCCACGUCGAGGCUGCGUACCGUCUGGGAGAUGCUUACGAGCAUGGUAAACUUAAUUGCCCGCGGGAUCCCGCGCUCAGCAUCCACUUUUACACCUCAGCUGCCCAGAGCGGAACUCACCCGCUUGCUAUGAUGGCGCUGUGUGCGUGGUAUCUCGUAGGUGCGGAGCCUGUCCUGGAGAAGGACGAGAAUGAGGCCUAUGAAUGGGCUACGCGGGCCGCUGCUCUUGGCCUGGCUAAGGCGCAAUAUGCCGUUGGUUACUUCACCGAAAUGGGCAUUGGCUGCCGUCGUGAUCCCCUCGAGGCGAACGUCUGGUACGUCAAGGCCGCAGACCAGGGUGACGAGCGCGCAAAGCAUCGUAUCGCUGCCAUCCGGGCUGCAGCCGACGGCGCAAACCCGGCGCAUGCAGCUCGCUCUGGAGGAGGCUACGUAAAGGCGAUGUGA